UAAUGAGUAAUGAACACUUGGAAAACGACAUCCCGUUUCAUCAAAUAGAACCCUCGAGGCGUGGACGACGUAGCGCGCAAGCGAAUCCCGCAAAAGGGGGAAAAUAACGACCUAUAUAAAUUAGGGUUUUUCAAAAUCAGGUAUAGACGAACCGGUGUGCGGGAUUGGAACUUGAUGGAUACGGAAGAAGUAGGGCAUCGAAAGGGAACAAAGGUGGAAUCAUUGAUUGAGAAGGCCACCAACACCACCGCUCCGGAGGUCGAUCCCCGCCUCCUCAAGGCCAUCAAGGCGGUGGUUCGCUAUUCCGAUUCGGAGCUCCGUUUCGCUACCCAAGCCCUUAUGGAUCUCAUGAAGCGUGACCACUCUCAGGUCAGGUACCUUGCGCUUCUAAUAAUUGAUGAACUCUUUAUGCGUUCGAAGCUCUUUAGGACCCUUGUUGUUGAGAACUUGGAUCAGUUACUGAGUUUGAGUGUUGGGUUCAGGCGAAAUUUGCCACUUCCUGAUCCACCGGCUGUUGCAUCUGUUUUGCGUUCGAAGGCCAUUGAAUUUUUGGAGAAGUGGAAUGUGACGUUUGGGGUUCAUUACAGACAGCUCAGAUUAGGUUAUGAUUACCUGAAGAAUACUCUCAGGUUUCAAUUUCCUAACAUACAAGCUAAUGUGGAGCGGAUUCAGCAGGAGAGAAGGGAAAGGGAGAGGAGGUCAAGAGCGAUUUUGUUGAGCAAGUAUGAAUCUUUGCAAGAGAAUUCAUCUUCAAUAAAGGGAGGGAUUCUGUCUACAAUGGAUGAGAUUGAUGAGUGUUUGGAGAUUUUGCAUGCAAAACAGGAGUCUAUGUCGGAUGAUAUAUUAGAUAAUGAAGAACUCGGUGAUUUCCGUUCUUUGGAGCUGCAACAGCUUCGUUUUGAAGCAUUGAAAGAAGGGGAGAAAGUUUACGAGAACAGUGAAAACACGGUAGUUUUUGAUACAUUGAGAGAGCUGUACAAACUUCUGAUCACAAAGCAUUUGGUUUCCAUCCAAGAGUGGAUUUCUGUUCUAGUAAGAGUUGAGUUAGUGGACAAUAGAUUCAGAGAUUCCAUUUUGAAAGAGUUCAUCGAUAUCCGCAAUAGACUGAAAUCAGUUAAAAAUAAAUGUGAAGAGGCCGGUUGUUCUCUUCUAAACUCAUCAAAACAUGAAGAGGAAGAUUUUUGGGAGGAGGGUAAUGUUGUAUCUAUGGAAAUCUCAUGUAGUGCACCUGACAAUAAAAAUGAACAUCUUGAUGUGGCGUCAACUUCUCAUAAAAUGAAUAAUGAUAAUCUUGGUUUGCACAAUAAAGAGUCUAAUGGAUCUGAUACGGACAGACUGCUUCAUCGAGGACACCAAGUUGAGUCAAACCCUCAGAGAAGUAAACUUAUAGCCGAAGCUCCCGUGGUACGAUGGAGUUCUUACUUGGAUAAUUGGGGUUCGAACAGGGUUUUUAUGGCUAACCAGCGGGGUUUGGAGCUUGAUAGUCACUGGGGUAGGGUGGACGAUGAUGCAGUUAUUCCAGCAGAAAAAAUCGCUGAAUUGAAUGUUCAUGCAAUGCCUUAUGAAGAAAAGGAAAUUGAGAUCCAACCAUGCCUGGCUCCUUUGAGGAAAGGAGGAUUAUGUCAGAGAAGAGAUCUAAAAGUUUGUCCAUUUCAUGGACCAAUCAUUCCUCGAGAUGAUGAAGGGAGGCCACUCAAUCAGAGCUCUUCAGAAGACAUGAAUAUGGAUUUAGGGACUGAUUUAGUUGAGCAGUUAGCAAAACAAGCAGUGAAAAAUGUUCGUGAAAGAGACCAAGAGGUGGCAAAGAAGAGAGAAAUUGAUAAACAGACACUUAAACGUGCAAAACUAGCUAAAAUUCGGGAACACAAUGAAGCUGUUUUACGGGAUGCUGCUUUGGCUUCUACUUCAAGAUCAGCCACGCUUGGAGAAGAUUUGGAGGUAGAAGAUAAACUGUCUGCCAGAGACAAGAAGCAAAGUCUUGCUUCCAUGCUGCGAAAGAAAGUAACACCAAAAGAUAGAAUAGCUCAGAAACUUUUAAGUUCACGGGCAAGGGUUACGGCAGAUAGGCAGCACGUUUCACGUGAGGAUGCCAACUAUAGAGAAGCCUUCCCAAGUCAAUGGUAAACUGGGUAUAAUCUUUGUUGAGCUUGUCUGAUUACUCUGAAGCCUGAACCAAACUUCAGAAUCAACUGUAAUUUGGGUAAAGCCUUGCCCUUGAGUCGUGAGGCUGAUUAGUUAAAUUGAGUUCAAAAAAUAAAAACCUACUCAUCUAUUCAUUUAUUUUUCUGCAUGGUUAUUUCUUUGAAGGCAGACUCAUAAGGACCAGCUUGGCUGCAGAGGAUGAAGGGAAGCUGUUUGUUGGCCAGUUUAUGUGUUUUUUAUUUUUUAAUUUAUUCCCCACAUUUUCUGUAAAAUGAUUUAGCAUAUUGUUGGCGCCAGAGGAUUUUAAGUUUGCCAAAGAUGCCAAGUUACAAAUUCACUCGUACUAGUAUUUAGUUAACCAUAACUGCUUUGUAACAAGUCUUAAAUUCAUUAACUAUUGUUAUUAAAUGUCAAAAUCACAUUAGUGCACACUGACAUUGGAUUU